AUGUGCGAUAGUUUUAUAGCGGAUGAAGUAAGAAGGUUGGAGCUGGAGGAACACUUGCAAUCGUUUCAAAACAGCUUCAAAAAUGAAGAAAACGAUGGAUCGGUCCACUCGAACCUUGAAGGAGACCUUGAUCUCGAUCUGCUUCAGCAUAUGAAAAAAAGGCGAGAAUAUCCUGCUGGACGAUUCCUCAAGAAAGAACUGGAAUACAUUGCUGAAACCUACUGCAACAACUACGAGACGUUUUUCCAUUCAACUGUCAAUGGCGGGAAGGACAAAGAUGCUAUUGCAAGGAAGAAAGCCUUGCUGACGGAGAUGGCUGAGCAUAUUUCGACACUUGGUGAGGAACAUCGCACUCCUGAACAAGUGGAGCAGAAGAUUCGGGACGAGCUGAAACGCGUGAAAAAGUACAUGGCAGCCAAGAAUCAGUCCGCUUUCCAAAACAACAGGAGAGAGAUCGUUUUGUCGUCGCCACAGCGAAUGAUUGCGGACGUGAUUGAAAAGACGACUGUUGAACCGAUUAAACCGAAAUCUUCUGAACAGAACGGAGUAGAGGAGGGAGUAGCCGUCGACACGUCAUACGUUGAUGUUCCAACUGCCAGUUCUUCGAUGGAAGUGAGUCCACCAUUGUUCAAUCGUCAAACUGCAUCACCACUUCACAUGCGUAGGAAGAAGAGAAGACUGUUGAGUCAGAGAGAGCUUCCCACAAAUCAAUUCGAGGACUUGAGGAACGAUUUCGAGUUUGUGAAGGAGAAACGACGGGUUCUGGAGGACGAUAUGAAGUACGCAAGAGCGAAGCUGGAAGGUGAGACUGCUGAGCGCGACUACUGGAUGGCUAAGAUUGACGUGAUCUUGAGCGUCAGUACUGGAUGCGUGAGAUCGAGCGAACGUUGA